AAUGCUUUUCAACAUUACCUCGUUGUCUCCCAGAUUGUGUUUUUCGAGGACAAAAACUUUCAGGGUCGCCGUUACGAGUGUGACAGUGAUUGCUCUGACUUCCAUACCUAUCUGAGCUGCUGCAAUUCUAUUCGUGUGGAAAGUGGGGCCUGGGUGGUUUACGAGCGGCCCAACUACACUGGUAACCGGUAUCUGCUAACCAGAGGAGACUAUCCUGAAUACCUGGGCUGGAUGGGCCUCAGUGACUGUCUCAGUUCCUGCAAGCUCAUCCGCUUUGCAAGUGGAAUGCAGUACAAGGUUCAGUUGUACGACAAGCCUGACUUCACAGGCCAGGCUAUAGAGUCUAUUGAAGACUGUCCAUCUGUGCUGGAGAGGUUUCGUCUGAGAGAGGUCCAUUCUUGCAAAGUUCUGGAUGGAUACUGGAUCUUCUACGAGCAUCCUAACUACCGUGGCCACCAGUACUUCCUGGAGAAAGGCCACUACCGUAAACCGGUGGAGUGGGGUGCGGUCUGUCCCACAGUGCAGUCUUUCCGUCGAUUCACCGAGUGA